AGGACGACUAUAAGCGGUAGGUAUUAUAUUAUACAGAGUUGGCGUGUGUUAUAUAUAUUAUAUUUUAUCGGUAAAAAAAUGCCAAACUCAACAGAUAUAAUAAUAUAAUAUCAUUGCCUGCGAUCGGUUGAUCUGUGCGUGCGCAACGGCGGAGGUGUAGUACGACACAUACACACCACCACGGUAAUAUUUGACGCACAGUGAAAGUAAAACCGUAUCCACUGGCGGCGCGCUUAUAGUCGGCGGUCCGGGCGCGUGUGUGCGUGCGGUCCGCGCGUGAGGGCACCCGUCAGUCGCGCGCCGGACAAUCGUCAUACACAAUAUAUAUCCACAUGCACGCAAAAACACACAACCUUACACACACACACACACACACACACAGCCAUAUACCAAUAACACUGCUGCACGCUCUCGAACAGACGCACACCGGCCACUUAUCAUCGAUCCGCCGCCGCGUGUUAUCGUGCGCCGAUAACGUAUAGUGCAAUAUUAUACUAAGAUACGACCGCGAAUAAAAUAUUAUUAUAAACUAUUAUUAUUAUAUAUCUGUGUGCACUGACAAUAAAUAAAAUAAAAAUUUGGUUUUUGGAUUUUUUCGCGCUUCGUUCGUUUUUCGUGAUCGUUCGAUUCUCCCGUCGUCGUCGUUCCUCGGUCAGCGGGAAUUCGAGUUUUUUCCGUCAGUGUCUCGUUUAAAAAAAAAAAUAAUAAUUUUCUCGUAUUCGUCGCCCGGGAAAUAAUCGUUUUGCUUUUUUUUCGCGUGGUUUUUUUCAACAUGUAUGCGUCAGGCGACGCAUCCGCCUAGGACUCUCGGCGUGACCGCCACCAACUGCAGUCCCUGCAACCGCCAUCACUGCCAUCACAAACACUCACGUCGACGACGAUGAACGCGAUGACGACGGCACUGCUGCUGACAGCAGCAGCAUGUUCGUUGCUGACUGCUGUUCCAUCCGCGUCUAGUUACAGGGCGGUUCGCACUUCCGGUCCUCUACCGGUGACCGUGCACGUCCGGUCCGGUGGUGUAGUCGCCGGCGGCCCAGCCGCCAACAGAACUUCAGCCGGUGGAGUUGUAUUCCCUGCGUCAGUGGCGUCGAUGCCGACGAUGACGACCACGACGACCACCACGUCCACGUCGACCGCGGCUGUGGCGUCGGCUGCCAACGCCGCCGCGGCUGCUGCCGCCGGGUUUACAUCUUUUUCGACCAGCAGCUCGGCUUCCAACCACACUGCCUCCCGAAAUCAGACGAGAUCCGAACGACUCAGAGCCAGAGAACAAUACUUGUUCAACGUAUUCGAAGUGAUCGUUUCCACAUUGGAGACGAAACUCCAGAGAAUAGAAAACCUAGACAAAGCCGUCGAGCACCUGAUGCGUCGAGUAGAAGCACUAGAUUCGCGAGUGACCAACAACAUCGACAAGACGGAAGCGGUGAUUGGAAAGUUAAGGUCAUUGGACACCAAGCUGUUCCAAAAGGAACCCGGCACCCUCGGUCACCAUCUCGAGACUAAGCUGUCGACAUUAGACCGAAAAGUCGGUGACAUCGACACCAAGUUGGUCGGGCUCAAGAGUCAGUUGGACAACAACUUCUUGGCACCCGCGGACGACAUCAACGCCGAGGCGAGUGAGAAAAAACCCGUAAACGUCCAUCACCUGGACGUGUCCAAACUGCUGAACACUCAGAUGGACAACAUUCGGAGCAACACGGCCAAUAUCGACAGAAAACUACAAUUCCAUAUAAACAUGGUGUCGGACGGACUGACCAAAAUCAUAAGCAUGGUGUCGGACGUGCACGGGGCCAUCGUUGAACAGGACAACAACAGCAACAACCACCACCACGGUAGCGGUCGGUCGGGUGCCGGCAACAAGACGACCACCACCACGCCGGCGUCGGCGCCGGAGCGGAGCAACAAAAUCGAUCAGCUGGUCAGGCAGAUGCAUCCGAUACUGAGCGUCAGCGAGAAAAUGGACGAGGUGUGGAACGUGGUGGUCGGCACCAAGAGCUCGGUGGACGACCUGGUGCCCAAGUCUGACGAGCUGCUGACUCAGACGCAGCGACAGGAGCGAGCCAUUAGCGACAUACACGACGACCUGCGCAUGAACACCAACAAGAUCAUCGCCAACCUGGACGUGGUGGAGCGCAGGCUGAAGAAACAGGAGGACGACGUGGUCACGUUAGCUCAGCGACCUGUGCCAGCCGAGAUGCUGCGCCUGGACCCGACCAUUGACGAUUAUUCCCGGUACGACGAACAGCUGCAAUCCGAGUCCACGCCGCUUUCCGCCCCCGUGUCAUUCACCACUCCCACGAGUGUCGGUGGCAUCGGCGGUAUUGGCAGUCCUACGCCGGGCACGCCGCCGGAUGUCCAACUGUCGUUCCAGACGUCCCGGAACGCGCCCCAGAAGAACAGAGGAGUGGUGUUCCCGAGUGUCAAAAAUAAACCGCCACCGGCCAACAUCAGUUUCUUGACUGACCAAUUCAACCGCGAAGUCAAAGGAUUUUCGUGUUUAGACCUUUUGAACGCUGGCAUGAAGCAAUCCGGCGUGUAUUAUUUGCAAAUCCGAGGUACGGCCUACUGGUACCUGAAGGUGUACUGCGAACAGGAGAUUGCGGACGGCGGUUGGACGGUCAUACAAAGAAGAGACGAUAUUAGCGAACCGAUACGUGAGAAUUUCAAUAGGGAUUGGACCGAUUAUAAAAAUGGAUUCGGUGACCCCACUAAAGAAUUUUGGAUGGGAAACGAAAAUAUUUACAUGCUGACCAGUAACGACGAAUAUAUGUUGAGAAUCGAGUUGGAAGACUUCGAAGGAAAUAGAAGGUACGCUCAAUAUUCACAUUUCAAAAUUUAUUCGGAAUCUGAAUACUACAAGUUGGAGAUUGAUGGAUAUGAGGGCAAUGCCGGAGAUUCACUGAAUGACCCGUGGUAUGGAAGCAAUAACAGUCCAUUCUCUACGUACAACAGAGACAACGAUAGAUCGAGCUUGAACUGUGCCUCGAUGUUGAAAGGAGGGUGGUGGUGGAAGUCUUGCGGCAGAGGACUCAACGGAUUGUAUUUAAAUGAUCCACAAGACUUAACAGCCAGACAAGGUAUCGUGUGGUUCCGUUGGAGAGGAUGGGAUUACACGCUGAAGAAAGCGCAAAUGCUAAUCAAACCAAAGGCCACCGUCAUUCCACCGUUACCUGUCGUCAACGCUGUUUGAGCGAAAAAGGAAUCGUUGCAUGUCAUAUAUUAUAUAUAGAAAUAAAAUUGUAUUAAACAUUUGUGUUAAAAAAAAAAAAAAAGUCUAUACAGAAAAAAACCAUACAAGAAUCUUCGAUGAAAUAUUGUCGUGUUUUAAUUAGGCUCAAAUUCACUACUAUUUUAUGUUUUUCUAUUCAUCUUAAGACGCAUCUUAGUACGUACCUAUGAUGGCCUGAUUAUGUUGGAUCAAAUCAGAAGGCAUGAGGAUAAUUAUAAUGUAAAAAUGUAUUUAUUUUGUAAAUAUAUUUAAAAAAAUGUGCCGUAUAUAAUAAUAUACAUAAUAUUUAGCAUAAUAAUAUAUAAAUAUUAUUUAGUAUUAUUUUUAGAUAAACUCUGUGUAGUCGUUUAUUAUUAUUAUUAUUAUUUUAUUUUUAUUUUUAUUUUAUUGAUAAUUUUAUUAUACGUUUUGAAAUAAUAUUUAAGUGUUUAGAUGUAUACAUAUAUCAAAAAUCCAAAUCAUACAUUCCAUUUCUUUCAUUAUUAUUAUUUUAUUUUCCAUAUAACCACAUACGUUCCUUUUUAUCCGUCCCGUCAAUCUUCAUUUAUAUGAAAGUCAUCUAAUAAAAUUGUUUAAUAUAAUUAAAAGACGUUGUUCGUUUUAUAAUUGUUUCCACAAUAAUUAUAAUCCUUUUACAUUUCGUAUGGUUCAGGCAAACACCGAUGCUGUAAUUCUUACUUAUAACAGUUAAGAUAAGUUUACGCGAACUAUUCAACAAUGUGUAUUUUUAAAGUGAUUGUAUGUGGAAAAUAAAAUAACAUUUUACCAUGUAAAAACAA